AUGGCCAACGUCACACUGAAGCCGCUCUGUCCACUCUUGGAGGAGAUGGUCCAGCUUCCAAACCACAGCAACUCCAGCCUCCGCUAUAUUGACCACGUGUCGGUGCUGUUGCACGGGCUGGCUUCGCUCCUGGGCCUGGUGGAAAACGGACUCAUCCUGUUUGUGGUGGGCUAUCGCAUGCGCCAGACGGUGGUCACUACCUGGGUGCUGCACCUGGCGCUGUCCGACUUAUUAGCUGCCGCCUCCCUGCCUUUCUUCACCUACUUUCUGGCAGUGGGCCACUCGUGGGAGCUGGGCACCACCUUCUGCAAGCUACACUCCUCGGUCUUCUUUCUCAACAUGUUUGCCAGCGGCUUCCUGCUCAGCGCCAUCAGCCUGGAUCGCUGCCUGCAGGUGUUGAGGCCAGUGUGGGCACAGAACCACCGCACGGUGGCAGCCGCGCACAGAGUCUGCCUGAUGCUCUGGGCUCUGGCGGUGCUCAACACAAUACCGUAUUUCUUGUUCAGGGACACCAUCCCGCGGCUUGAUGGCCGCAUCAUGUGCUAUUACAACAUGCUGCUCUUGAAUCCAGGGCCUGACCGCGACACCACGUGCGACUACCGCCAGAAGGCCCUGGCGGUCAGCAAGUUCCUGCUGGCUUUCGUGGUACCUCUGACCAUCAUAGCCUUGAGCCACGUGGCCGUGAGCCUGCAACUGCACCACCGUGGUCACCAGAGGACAGGCCGCUUCGUGCGCCUGGUGGCGGCCAUCGUGGUGGCCUUCGUGCUGUGCUGGGGGCCCUACCACAUCUUCAGUCUGCUGGAGGCUCGUGCCCAUUCUGUCAGCACGCUACGGCAGCUCGCGUCACGUGGGUUGCCUUUUGUCACCAGCCUGGCCUUCUUCAACAGCGUGGUCAACCCACUGCUCUAUGUGCUCACUUGUCCUGACAUGUUGCACAAGCUGCGGAGCUCGCUACGCGCGGUGCUUGAAAGCGUGCUGUUGGAGGACAGCGAUCUGAGUGGUGGGUCUGGCAACCGCUGCCGCCGUCGCCGCGCCUCCUCCACUGCCACCCCAGCCUCUACUCUCCUGCUGGCUGACCGACUUCCCCAACUGCGUCCUGCGCGCUUGAUCCGCUGGAUGAGGCGUGGCAGUGCAGAGCUCCCACAGAGGGUCCAAAAGCAGUCUCAGGAAAAGCGGGGCUCAUUGAGCUGUACUUUGGAUUAGACCGGCACAGCCCUGAUGGCAUGCCAACACAUCCGAACCUCUCUGAUACACAGUUGAAAAUGUACAGUUAGUGCAAGGCCCAGGUUGUAGCUUCCUGGGUAGUGUCCAGAAAACCAGUUUGUAAAAGUGCCCUGGACGACUCAAUCUCCAGGAGUAAGGUGAACUGAAGCAGCCCUUCCUGGAGCUGGGAGCAGCAGGAUGCAAAAGUAGCCUUUAGAGGAGUUACCUGGUUCCUGACUGCUGGCCUCCAGGUUUCCACACAUUUAACAACAAAAGUACCUAAUUGCCUAAGGAUCUUGCUAGGGUAACUGAUGAGGGUUGGGUAAGAUUUUGUAUUUC